AUGUCGACUCCCGAGCGCGAUUCCAAGCAGUGGUUCAGUGAGACUGAAGCCAUGUGGCCUGGUCAGAAGUUCUCGCUCGAGAUCGACCACGUUUUGUUCCAAGGCAAGUCCGACUUCCAGGACGUGCUCGUAUUCCAGUCGGCUACAUACGGCAACGUGCUCGUGCUGGACGGCGUGAUCCAGCUCACCGAGCGCGACGAGUUCGCGUACCAGGAAAUGAUCACGCACCUGCCCCUGUUUGCCCAUAAUCAACCCAAGCGCGUGCUCAUUGUCGGUGGUGGAGAUGGCGGCGUGCUACGGGAAGUCACCAAGCACGACUGUGUCCAGGAGAUCGUCAUGUGCGAGAUUGACUCGAUGGUGUGCGACGUGUCGAAGAAGUUCUUCAAACACACGGUCGCCACGGCCUUUGACGACCCCCGGGUCACGCUGCUGCACGCAGAUGCUGCUGUGUACUUGAAAGAGCACACGUCGGACAAGUUCGACGUCGUCAUUGUUGACUCGUCGGAUCCUGUUGGACCUGCAGAGGUGCUCUACCGUGCCGAGUUUUACGAGAGCAUGAAGCAGUGUUUGUCGCCCGACGGCGUGAUUUGCACCCAAGGUGAGUGCCUCUGGCUGCACCUCGACCUCAUUGCUGACGUGAUGCAGCGCUGUCGAGCGCUUUUUCCCUCGGUCAACUACUCGUACACGACGAUUCCGACCUACCCGUCCGGUCAGAUUGGCUUCAUCAUGUGCUCCCUCGAUGAGAGCGAGGGUGUGCUCGUGAAACCCAAGCGCACACCGGACGAUAAGAUGGAGCAGACUCUGCGGUACUACAAUGCCAAGAUCCACGAAGCUUCGUUUGUGCUGCCCAACUUUGCUGAGCGCAAGAUCGCCACGGUGCGCAAGUGA